AUGUUGAACAUGUUGCAGUGCACAUGGCUGGUUUGUCUGCUUGCUGGCGUCCGGGUGGCGGCCAAACCUGUACACGGGAGUGACUUUGAUCUCCGCAAAACUUGCCCAGCUGCAGAGUAUCCGAAGCACCACACAAUCUGCAUGGACGUGCAGUACUGCAUCAAGUCUGGCCAGACUUGUUUGUCAUGCGGCUGGGGUCCAGAUCAGACUAAUGUGGCUGCGUGCUGCGAGCAGGAUCAGCUUCCCACUCCUAGUAAGAAGGGGCGCUAUCCGUGUGCACGGCAGGCGGUGGUAGGGGAAAACGGUACAUACUGUAAGCUCAUGUGCUGCGGCACGGGCUCCGUGGUUUGCGGCGAUGGCUGCUGCCGAACCGGAGAUCAUGGACAUCCCCACAAGUGUGGACGGACGCUGAAAGUCCCACGCCAAGGGAAGGGGGGAAAGGCAUGCUGCAUAGAGGAAGGGGCCAGCGCUGCCCAGCAGGAGAAACAAGGCUGUUGUGUUCGUGGUCAAGGAUUGAACUGCCUGCAAAAUGAGACGCCUUGCUGUCUGUGGGCGCAAGGCGACGAGCAUCAUACAGCCGAUCCAGAUCCGCACUCACCAUGCCAGCCUCGGAACUGCUCGUUGUGGCGGCCAUGCCCCCACGGUCCGGGGUACGACUGCCUCUUCCACGGCCAAAAAAUCUGCUGCCUCCGCCCGGGAGGGAACGUCUCUGUGUCGGCGGCAGAUCCCUGCCAGCGGUUUGAAGAGGAUUGCCAGUCUCGCUGGCAGGGACAGUGUCGGCAUGGAUUGGGGUCGGAUUGCUCCAAGGACAACAAGGAGGCUUGCUGUUUGGAGCUGCCUUUGUCGGCGACCCAUCAGUGCCAGAUGGAUUGCAAUCAGUAUCGGCCUCCUCCCAAGUCGAAUCUGGUGGGCUGGGCCCUCGCCGGAGGAUGCGCUGCCAUGGUGCUUACCAGCGUGCUCGUGCUAUGCAUCGUCCGGAAGAAGUGCAGGAGGAGCCCGGCUCCCCAUGGCAGUGGCCGACCACCGGCCUUGGUUCUGUAUAACUCCAGCUAUGUUGGAGCCUUUAAUCCGCUGCCCUGGGCACGCAAGGAUGGCGAGGAGAUGGCUCUGAUGUUUGACAAGCUGGGCUAUCAUGCCAUCGACCGUCAUGACAUCACAUGCGCAGUUGCCAAGGAGGUCACACAGCGUCUUCUCGACGAUCUUGAGAAGUGCGGCAUCAAGAAUCCGGUUGUUCCUAUCUUCUUUGCUGGACACGGCGUCGAAGUUGGGAACAGCCAGUUCUUGGUUCCGAGUGAUGCUCACUCCCAAAACGAUGAGCUGAUCUCGUUGGACUCCAUUAUGUGCCGUGCCGCCAAGAUCCACCGGAGAUCCAGGGAUCCGGCAGACGCGGUGCAGCCAACUUUUUUGCUAAUCCUGGAUACCUGUCGCUCUACGCCAAGCUCGCACGAGGUUCGAAACCGCCUAGCUGAUGUAGCUGCUGGCCAAACACGGAUGGUGGGACGAGCGCGCCAACUCUCGAGGCCGGAUUUCGUGAUCAUCCACGCCUGCGAGUGUGGCGGCGUGGCGCAGCAGUGCCCCAGCGUGAACAUGGGCUACUUGACCAAAGCGUUCACCACUUACGGCUGCAACGACCUAUCCCUCGAAGACCUCCUGAAACAAGUUCAGCGAGAAGUUGAGGAGGAUACCCGGCGGAUGCACGAGCAGAACAAGGCCUGCUCGGUGCAGAAGCCGGAAGUGAAAUCUACCACAAGCACUCUCGAUAGCCGCUACUUGCCACUUGGCCUGUGUAGGGUUUAA